AUGACCAAAGCGGAGAGGCAGGCAUCCGGGUUGGGGAAGGGGCUCGGGCCCGGCGUGUCAAAAGCGGCUGGCCGUUCCUUACUGUGCCCCUGUCCCCAGGCGGCCGCCCAUCUGCUCACUGUCACCACAGCUGAGCGAGUGCUGCGAGCGAGGACAGAGGCAGUCCCCGGCGGCGGGGCCCUUGGCAGUGCCGCCUGGGCCUGCUCCCUGGGGGUCGGGCACCUGAGUCAUCUGGACAGUGGGGGGACAGCCUUCUGUCCCCAGAACCGAAGGCGACACUGGCUGCCGCCUCUGCGGCAGGGGUUCAAGAAGCCCUUUGGCCGAACGUCUGCUCGUCCCGAGGGACCGUCUUCAAGGUUUUCUUGGAGAGAAGCUGUCAUAGCAACACCGCAGCUGCGGAGAGGAAGAGUGUCCCCACGGAUUCCGGAGCACGUGUGGGGCCUGGGAACGCGGCGGGCGGGGGCAGCCGAGCGGGAGGGAAGAUGCAGGGUGGUCCUCUCCGGGAUGCGCACGGGAGGGGGAUGGCGGAGUCUCCACCCGACCCGGAGGGCCAGGGGAAGAGGGGAGGCUCCGAGGGACCAAGGCCGGGCCUGGAUGGCACCCGCGGGAGGGAAGGCAGCUGCGGGGUGUUUGCUGCUGCGGGCGCACUUCCGCCGCUUUCCGGCGGGGGGCGCUCCCGAGGGGGGUUUGCAACCGCCUCCCCUCCAGAGCGCCCGCCUGCGCUCAGCAGCGGGAUCUCCCCGCGGGCUCCUUUCGGCACUUGGUGAAUGGUAAACGAUUGUUAAAAUUAUUUGUUAUUUUUAAAUUACAGUUGACAUAAAGCAUGAUAUUAGUUUCAGGUGUACGCCCCAGUGAUUCGACAUUACAUAACUCGCUGAGCGAUCACCCUGAGAAAUGCAGCGCCCACCUGACACCACGCACAGUUGUUAGAACUUUAUGGACGCUGUUCCCAGUGCUCCGCGGCCCGGGCCCGGACGGUUCUGUGACCGCCAGACUGUGCUCCUCACCCCCGCACCUUUUCCCCCGGCCCCCAACCCCGGCCCCGGCCCAUCAGGCAGCCUCCAAGUGUUCUCUGUGUUCAUGAGUCUGUUUUUGU